AUGUACAAGACAUGUGUUGGUGCUAGUAGCAGACUGCUGUCACAAUCAGCACAAUGUCAGCGCAGACUUCACACGGCCUCAGUGUCUAGUCUGAGGCCAGGCCGGCAGAAUGCGCUGGUUGCGGGAAGAACGCCACUGGCACUUGUUGCUCGGCAGCAGACAAGAAGCUAUGCCGUAGCUGUAGAAGACACGAACAAGGGCGUGGAUCCCAAUGACUCGUUCCUCCAGGGCAACACGGCCAACUACAUCGACGAGAUGUACAUGUCUUGGAAACAGGACCCAUCCUCAGUCCACAUUUCGUGGCAGGCCUACUUCAAGAACAUGGAGGAGGGCACUAUGCCCAUAUCUCGGGCUUUCCAACCUCCGCCGGGUCUCAUAUCACAGGCCGAUGGCUCCGCAUCCCUUUCAGCGUCUCCCAGCACUGGUCAGAGUAGCGAUGUGACGAACCACUUGAAGGUCCAGCUACUUGUCCGAGCAUACCAAUCGCGAGGCCACCACAAAGCUAAGACUGAUCCCCUGGGCAUUCGUGGCGAAGCUGAAGCAUUCGGCUAUCGCAAGCCAAAAGAGUUGGAGCUCGACCACUAUGAUUUUACCGAAGCAGAUCUCGAUCAAGAGUUCAACCUUGGUCCCGGUAUCCUACCACGCUUUGCCACCGAAUCCAGCAAGUCCAUGAAGCUGCGAGACAUCAUCGCUGCUUGCGAGAGAACAUACUGCGGCUCAGUCGGCGUUGAAUACAUCCAUAUCCCCGACCGUGAGCAGUGCGACUGGAUCCGCAAUCGUGUUGAGAUUCCUACUCCUUAUAAGUACUCAGUCGACGACAAGCGCCGUAUUCUUGAUCGCUUAAUCUGGAGCUCAAGUUUCGAGUCCUUCCUCGCCACAAAAUAUCCGAACGACAAACGAUUUGGUCUGGAAGGCUGCGAGACGCUUGUGCCUGGAAUGAAGGCCUUAAUUGAUCGGAGUGUCGACUAUGGCGUCAAGGACAUCGUCAUUGGCAUGCCGCAUCGUGGCCGCCUGAACGUUCUGUCCAACGUCGUAAGAAAGCCAAACGAAUCCAUCUUCAGCGAAUUCUCCGGUACUACUGAGUCCAACGACGAAGGAUCAGGAGAUGUCAAGUACCAUUUGGGCAUGAAUUUCGAGCGUCCGACUCCUUCUGGGAAACGUGUCCAGCUGUCUUUAGUCGCCAACCCAUCCCAUCUCGAAGCCGAGGACCCUGUCGUACUUGGAAAGACGCGCGCUAUCCAGUUCUACAACGAAGACGACAAGAAACACGUCACGGCCAUGGGCGUGCUUCUUCAUGGUGAUGCUGCUUUCGCAGCCCAGGGUGUUGUGUACGAGACCAUGGGUUUCCAUAACCUGCCGGCCUUCUCCACCGGCGGCACCAUCCAUAUCGUCGUCAACAACCAGAUCGGCUUCACAACAGAUCCUCGCUUCGCUCGUUCGACUCCAUACUGCACAGAUAUCGCGAAAGCCAUCGAUGCACCGGUCUUCCACGUCAACGCUGAUGAUGUCGAGGCCGUUAAUUGGGUCUGUCAGCUCGCCGCCGAUUGGCGUGCGGACUUCAAGAAGGACUGCGUCAUUGAUCUGGUCUGUUAUCGCAAGCAGGGACACAAUGAGACAGAUCAGCCUUCCUUUACUCAGCCGCUGAUGUACAAGCGUAUUGACGAGAUCAAGCCUCAGAUUGACAAGUACGUCAACAAGCUUCUCGAAGAAGGCACUUUCACACAAGACGAUAUCGACGAGCACAAGAAGUGGGUUUGGGGCAUGCUCAACGACAGUUUCGAUCGUAGUAAGGACUACGAGCCGACUGGCCGAGAAUGGCUGACUUCGGCAUGGAACAACUUCAAGAGAGACGUUGACCUCAAUUGGCAAAGCAUCGGAAGUUGGCCCGAUGACUUUACGCCGCACCGAAAUCUGAAGCGUAUCCUUACCGGUCGCACGAAGGCUGUGGAAGAUGGCAAGAACAUCGACUGGUCGACCGCCGAAGCUCUUGCUUUUGGUACACUGUGUCUCGAGGGUCACCACGUGCGUGUCUCGGGCCAAGAUGUGGAGCGUGGCACUUUCUCGCAGCGCCAUUCCGUGCUCCACGACCAGGAGAAUGAGAAUACUUGGACUCCUCUAAACAACUUGGCAAAGGACCAAGGUCAGUUCCACAUCUCGAAUUCGUCGCUCUCCGAAUUUGGCGCUCUUGGCUUCGAGUAUGGCUACUCAUUGUCAUCACCCAAUGCAUUGGUGAUGUGGGAAGCUCAGUUUGGUGAUUUCGCCAACAACGCUCAAUGUGUCUUCGACCAGUUCAUUGCGUCGGGCGAAGUCAAGUGGCUCCAGCGAUCCGGUCUUGUUGUUUCGCUCCCCCACGGCUACGAUGGUCAAGGCCCGGAGCACUCUUCUGGCCGUAUGGAACGAUAUCUUCAGCUCUGCAACGAAGAGCCUCGCAUCUUCCCUUCGGAGGACAAGCUCGACCGCCAGCACCAAGAUUGCAAUAUGCAGGUUGCCUACAUGACGACACCUUCGAAUUACUUUCACAUUCUUCGUCGGCAAAUGAACCGACAAUUCCGUAAGCCCCUCAUUGUGUUCUUCUCAAAAGCCCUGCUUCGUCACCCUCUUGCCCGCUCUGAUCUGGAGGCCUUCACCGGCGAAUCGCACUUCCAGUGGAUCAUCGCUGACCCUGAGCACGGCAAAUCGAUUAACGAGCCCGACUCCAUUGAUCGUGUAAUCCUGUGCUCUGGCCAGGUCUACGUCGCGCUCCGCAAAUACGUCGAGACAAAUAAGAUCAAAGACGUUGCCAUCACGCGCAUCGAACAGCUCAACCCCUUUCCCUGGGCACAACUCCGCGACAACCUCGAUUCAUACCCGAACGCCAAGACUAUCGUCUGGUGUCAAGAAGAGCCAUUGAAUGCUGGUGCAUGGAGUUUCGUGCAGCCGAGGAUUGAGACGUUGUUGAACGAGACGAAGCACCAUAACAGACGCCAUGUCAUGUAUGCUGGACGAGAUCCAAGUGCCAGUGUGGCCACGGGGCUCAAGGCUAGCCAUGUCAAGGAGGAGAAGGAGCUUUUGCAGGAGGCAUUUAGCGUUACGCAGGAUAAGCUGAAGGGCGAGUAA